AUGUCGACGUUUUUCCAAAAGCAGCAGCAAGUGGCGGCGCUCGACCCUCGUCUUGGGGGUCUGAUGGCGAGUGCGGGCCUUUAUAACUUAAAGGCACUUAUCAAAGGCGUGCGUGCAUGCAAAACAAUCGCUGAUGAGCGGUCGCUCUUGCAAAAAGAAUCCGCGGCGAUCCGUACGUCGUUCAAAGACGAUGAUGCGUACUUGCGAUACAACAAUUUGUCAAAGCUGUUGUAUAUCCACAUGCUUGGGUAUCCUGCUCAUUUUGGGCAAAUGGAGUGUCUGAAGCUUGUCGCCUCGCCGCGAUUCACGGACAAAAGGCUGGGCUACUUGGGGAUCAUGCUGCUUUUAGAUGAAAAUGCACAGGUACUCAUGUUGGUAACCAACGGAUUGAAGAAUGACAUGAACCAUUCCAACAUGUUUGUCGUUGGCCUUGCUCUUUGCACGUUUGCCAACAUUGCGUCGGAGGAAAUGUCGCGCGAUUUGUGCAACGAAAUUGAGAAACUGUUGGGGAGCAUGAACUCGUACAUUCGGAAAAAAGCGGCAUUGUGUGCGAUGCGCAUUGUUCGCAAAGUGCCGGAGCUUGUUGAUCAUUUCAAGGCCCGCACGCUGCAGCUGCUAGGCGACAAGAACCAUGGGGUGCAACUCUGUGCCGUGAGUUUGGCGCUGCAGAUUUGCGAGACCGAACCAUCUGCAGUUGAGGACUAUCGCAAGGCGACCAGUCCGCUUGUAUCCACCUUGAAAAAUCUGCUCUCUACAAGCUUUUCGCCAGAGCAUGACGUAGCGGGCAUCACCGACCCCUUUCUGCAAACCAAGAUUCUUCAUUUGCUCCGCGUCUUGGGACGCGACAGCACACAAGUAUCUGACUCUAUCAACGACAUUCUGGCUCAGGUGGCUACCAACACAGAUGCGAGCAAAAACGUGGGUAACAGCAUUCUCUACGAAACGGUGCUCACCAUUCUUGAAAUUCAAGCCGAUGCAGGAUUGCGCGUCAUGGCGAUCAAUAUUCUCGGCAAAUUUUUGGGUAACAAGGACAACAACAUUCGCUACGUUGCCCUCAAUACACUAAACAAGGUCGUUUCGAUUGAUACCAAUGCUGUACAGCGGCAUCGCGCAACGAUCCUCGAAUGUCUGCGCGAUGCAGACGUUUCUAUUCGCCGACGUGCUUUGGAACUGACUUAUUCUCUCAUCAAUGAGACUAAUGUGCAUGCGCUCAUGCUCGAGCUUGUCUCCUUUUUAGAAAUGGCGGAUACCGAGUUCAAGCUUGGGCUCACCACGCAAAUGUCGGUAGCCGCCGAGCGUUUUGCUCCGGAUAAGCGAUGGCAUAUUGAUACGAUGCUACAUGUCCUCCGCGUUGCAGGGAACCAUAUUCGCGACGAGGUUCUUGGCGCAUUUAUCCGCCUUAUCUCUCACACGCCUGAGUUACAAGGGUACGCGGCGCAGCGUCUCUAUGCUGCGUUGUACAAUGAUCUUUCCCAGCACUACCAGACGCUUGCAGCUGUAUGGGUGAUCGGCGAAUUUGGCGAAAUUCUUUUGCAGUUGGGCUCUUUUGCCGAAGAAGGCACUGUUCGCCAGGUCACCCCGCGGUCAAUUGUAGAGCUCCUUGUGUCGUUGUUGGACUCUGUGUAUGCCGACGAGGUGACGAGAGAAUAUGUCCUUACUGCGCUGGCCAAACUUUACACGCGCAUCACAGAUGGCGAGCAACAGGCGACCAUUAUGGCCAUUUUUGCGCAGCACAGCAGCAGCAUUGAUGUUGAAACACAGAAGCGCGCUAUUGAAUACCGGGCUUUGCUCAAGCGUGCCGAUAUCUGUGACGGCGUAUUGGAGACCAUGCCCUUGCCUGAGAUCCGGCAAACAAUGCUCGGGACAGUGAAUGAAACGAAACCCGUGGGGUCCACCCGCCCAGACCAAGACUCACUCUUGGACCUCGCAGCUGAUCCUACCGCUGCUGUUGCUGCACAGCCAGCCGUUGCGACUAAACAAAGCACGCAAGACCUUUUGGCGGAUAUUUUUGGAAGUACAGCGGCAGCGCCGCCGAAAUCAGGCAACAACAACAAUAAUGCACUUUUUGGCAGCAGCGCUGCGUCUGGCGCCGGUGUACAAGAAGCUACAUCCAGUCUGGCAUCGUUGGAUAUUUUUGGCGGGCAAGAGAGUCUACCGCAGACCAACGCACCCUUCUUUGAAGCGAUGCCGGUGAGCAAUGCGGAUCCUGGCUACAGCAUCUACGGUAACCAUGGCCUUCGAAUUAGCUUCACGGCAAGCAAGGAUGGCCCUGAAAAAACUGUGAUCCUUGCACAUUUCGCCGCUACUGCACAUGUAAGCAACAUUUGGUUCCAAGCAGCGGUGCCCAAGACACAGAAGCUGCAUAUGCAUCUCUUGUCUAAAGCUUCGCUGAAUGCAGGGGAAAACGCAACACAAGAGCUUGAAGUAGACGGCUGCAACGGCCCCCUUCGUUUGCGCAUUCGACUAGCGUUUGUCUUGAGGGCAUCCGGCGAACAAAUCCGCGAGCAGAUAGAUUGGACACAACCGCCGUAG